CAUUCUAAAUCACUGCUUAAGGAAUUCCUGGAAACAACAGGGAAACAUUUGAUCAGCCCCGCCUGGUGGAAAUGGCUUUACCACAGAGUGAGGACGCCAUGACAGGGGACACGGACAAGUAUCUUGGGCCGCAGGACCUUAAGGAGCUGGGUGACGACUCUCUCCCCGCCGAGGGCUACAUGGGCUUCAGUCUCGGGGCCCGUUCCGCCAGCCUCCGCUCCUUCAGUUCGGAUAGGUCGUACACCUUGAACAGAAGCUCCUACGCACGGGACAGCAUGAUGAUUGAAGAACUCCUCGUACCAUCCAAAGAGCAGCAUCUAACAUUCACAAGAGAAUUUGACUCAGAUUCUCUAAGACAUUAUAGCUGGGCUGCAGAUACCUUGGACAAUGUCAAUCUUGUCUCAAGUCCUGUUCAUUCUGGGUUUCUGGUUAGCUUUAUGGUGGAUGCAAGAGGCGGCUCCAUGAGAGGGAGCCGUCACCACGGGAUGAGAAUCAUCAUCCCUCCACGCAAGUGCACGGCCCCCACCCGCAUCACCUGCCGCUUGGUAAAGAGACAUAAACUGGCCAACCCACCCCCCAUGGUGGAAGGAGAGGGAUUAGCCAGUAGGCUGGUAGAAAUGGGUCCUGCAGGGGCACAAUUUUUAGGCCCUGUCAUAGUGGAAAUCCCUCACUUUGGGUCUAUGCGAGGAAAAGAGAGAGAACUCAUUGUUCUUCGAAGUGAAAAUGGUGAGACGUGGAAGGAGCAUCAGUUUGACAGUAAAAAUGAAGAUUUAACCGAACUGCUUAAUGGCAUGGACGAAGAACUUGACAGCCCAGAAGAGCUAGGGAAGAAGCGGAUCUGCAGGAUUAUCACAAAGGACUUCCCCCAGUAUUUUGCUGUGGUUUCUAGGAUUAAGCAGGAAAGCAACCAGAUUGGUCCUGAAGGCGGAAUUCUGAGCAGCACCACUGUGCCCCUCGUCCAGGCUUCUUUCCCAGAGGGUGCUUUAACCAAAAGAAUUCGAGUGGGCCUCCAGGCCCAGCCUGUUCCUGAUGAAAUUGUGAAAAAGAUCCUUGGAAACAAAGCAACAUUUAGCCCAAUCGUCACUGUGGAACCAAGAAGAAGGAAAUUCCAUAAACCCAUCACAAUGACCAUUCCGGUGCCCCCGCCCUCUGGGGAAGGCGUAGCCAACGGGUACAAGGGGGAUAGCACGCCGAAUCUGCGGCUGCUCUGUAGCAUUACAGGGGGCACCUCGCCUGCUCAGUGGGAAGACAUCACAGGAACUACUCCCCUGACGUUCAUAAAGGAUUGUGUCUCUUUUACAACCAAUGUUUCAGCCAGAUUUUGGCUCGCAGACUGCCAUCAAGUUUUAGAAACUGUGGGGUUAGCCACACAACUAUACAGAGAAUUAAUAUGUGUUCCAUAUAUGGCGAAGUUUGUUGUUUUUGCCAAAAUGAAUGAUCCUGUAGAAUCCUCCCUGCGCUGUUUCUGCAUGACAGAUGACAAAGUGGACAAAACUUUAGAGCAGCAAGAGAAUUUUGAGGAAGUUGCAAGAAGCAAAGAUAUUGAGGUUCUGGAAGGAAAACCUAUUUAUGUUGAUUGUUAUGGAAAUCUGGCCCCACUUACCAAAGGAGGACAGCAGCUUGUUUUUAACUUUUAUGCUUUCAAAGAAAAUAGACUGCCAUUUUCCAUCAAGAUUAGAGACACCAGCCAGGAGCCCUGUGGUCGUCUCUCUUUUCUGAAAGAACCAAAGACAACAAAAGGACUGCCUCAAACAGCUGUUUGCAACUUAAAUAUCACUCUGCCAGCACAUAAAAAGGCCGAGAAAGCAGAUCGACGGCAGAGCUUUGCGUCUUUAGCUUUACGUAAGCGCUACAGCUACUUGACUGAGCCUGGAAUGAGUCCACAGAGUCCAUGUGAACGGACAGAUAUCAGGAUGGCAAUAGUAGCUGAUCACCUGGGACUUAGUUGGACAGAACUGGCAAGGGAACUGAAUUUUUCAGUGGAUGAAAUCAAUCAAAUACGUGUGGAAAAUCCAAAUUCUUUAAUUUCUCAAAGCUUCAUGUUAUUAAAAAAAUGGGUUACCAGAGACGGAAAAAAUGCUACAACUGAUGCCUUAACUUCGGUCUUGACAAAAAUUAAUCGAAUAGAUAUAGUGACUCUCCUAGAAGGACCAAUAUUUGAUUAUGGAAAUAUUUCAGGCACCAGAAGUUUUGCAGAUGAGAACAAUGUUUUCCAUGACCCUGUUGAUGGUUAUCCUUCCCUUCAAGUGGAACUGGAAACUCCCACAGGGUUGCACUACACACCACCCACCCCUUUCCAGCAAGAUGAUUAUUUUAGCGAUAUCUCUAGCAUAGAGUCUCCCCUUAGAACCCCCAGUAGACUGAGUGAUGGGCUAGUGCCUUCCCAGGGGAACAUAGAGAAUUCAGCAGAUGGACCUCCAGUUGUAACUGCAGAAGACACUUCCUUAGAAGACAGCAAACUUGAAGACUCAAUGCCUUUAACAGAAAUGCCUGAUGCAGUGGAUGUAGAUGAGAGCCAGUUGGAGAAUGUAUGUCUAAGUGAGUAUCCUCAAUACCUCGGAAGUAUGGCUGGGGUCCCAAAAGAUGUUAAACCAGCAGAGCCAUUCAAACAGCCUAGUAAAAUAGGAGUAAGCUCUGAGCAGCAAGAGAAAGGAAAAUCUGGUCCUGAUGAGGAGAUGACGGAAGAAAAACUCAAAUCUCUAUUUGAGGACAUUCAACUUGAAGAAGGAGUAGAGUCUGAGGAGAUGACAGAAGAAAAAGUACAGGCUAUUCUUAAACGUGUUCAGCAAGCAGAACUGGAAAUGUCUUCAAUUUCAGGUUGGCAGAACGAGACAUCAAGUGGAAACCUAGAGUCCUCUGCUCAAGCUCGAAGAAUAACUGGUGGGUUACUAGAACGGCUGGAUGACAGCCCUGAUCAGUGUCGAGAUUCUAUUACCUCAUAUCUCAAAGGAGAACCUGGGAAAUUUGAAGCAAAUGGGAGCCAUGCAGAAAUCACUCCAGAGGCAAAGACAAAAUCCUACUUUCCAGAAUCCCAAAAUGAUGUAGGGAAACAGAGUGCUAAGGAAACUCUGAAACCAAAAAUACAUGGAUCUGGUCGUGUGGAGGAACCAGCAUCAUCACUAGCAGCCUAUCAGAAAGCUCUAGAAGAAACCAACAAGUUUGUAAUUGAAGAGCCUAAACCCUGUGUGCCUGUCAGUAUGAAAAAGAUGAGUAGGACUCCUGCAGAUGGCAAGCCAAGGCUUAACCUGCACGAAGAAGAGGGGUCCAGUGGGUCUGAGCAAAAGGUCAAAAGUCCGGGUGCGGCUCUUACACGGAUGACUGCUUGCUGUUACAAGCAGGGAGAAGGUUAUAAGGUGAAGACAACAAAGAAGGAAAUCCGGCAUGUGGAAAAGAAGAGCCAUUCAUAACAGUAAACGGAUCAUGUGUUUUUACUGCCAGUAUUGAGAAAUUCAUGGAAGAUAUGUCAGCAGGAAGUAAAAAUUCACGGAGAAGGGUGUGUGUGUUUGCUGCUUCCACACAUUAAUGGCAUGAUUUUUUUUUUAUGCAAAAAGAAAAAAAAAGAGAGAACUACCCACAUUUUAAUUUAGCAUGAGCCAAUUUACAGAGCAUGGAAAUUCACUUUCACUCCCAGGAUUGGCGCGUGUGCAAUUAGCAAUGCAGUGUAUAUACAAGAAGCCAUGCUGUUAACAGUUUAUCUUAAGUAAUUUGGUGUCAUUUACAAAAGGAAGAAAUUCCUGCCGCCAGAACGGACAGAAGAUGGGACGAUGAAAUCACAGAGAAACACUAAAAUUACUAACUCCACAACAGCUCGCCUUAUUUUUCUUGGACCCAAACUGUCAGGGUAUAAACACUAUUUGUUUCUUUUUUAAAACAUCUAUAGUUUUGCUGUAAAUAAUAACACUGUAUAAAUUCUAACAGAAAAAUAGAAUAAAUGUUGAUAAGGCACUGCCUCUUAGAACACAAACAGAAUAUUGCAAAUGCAUUUAACAUACUAGGGGUCUCAAGUGACCACCCUAGAAGAGGGGGGAGGGAUUUUGGGUGGGGGGAUCUUCACUGAUUCUUGUAUAUUAGCAAUUAUAAUGUUUGUAUAUGCAAAACUGCUAGCUUGAUUUAAAAAAAAAAAAAAACAACAAAUCUUUAAAAUCUGCUGCAAAUUUAAAUAAUUCCCUAAAUGAGGAAUUCUGUAGUUCUGUGAAAAAAUUUUUUCUUCAGAAUACUAAUAUUUUGAUGCAUGUGUAUCACCUUAUUUUGAUUAAAUCUUUUCCAGUUUUGCAAACACUACAGUAUACUGCAACACAGAAGAUUUUAUCUGUAAACACAAAGCCCUUCAUCUAAUAUUUGUUGCUAUUGCCAAUUUUUCAAUGAAAUGACCUAAAAAUGGAAAAAAAAAAAUCCCUAUACGGUAGUUGCUUUAGGGGGAGGGGGGUGCUGUUAGUGCUUAAAAGGGGGUAAUGCUUGCUGCUUUAGAGGUGGAUGGUGCUCAUAAGAGGCCCCAGUCGGGCGUAUUUAAAAUGGACUGAACCGAAAUUCUUAGCUAGUAGAAUGGCAGCACGCUGUACAAUUACUACUGUAUCGUGUACUGGCUAUAAGAUGUAGACACCUUUGAAUAAGCCAAUCAUUUGUAACCAUUCUAGCAGUGUCAUAUUAGGUUAAUAAGGCUGCUGUGUUUUAAAGGGCAUUUUUAUUUGGGUUUUGGUGAAAUCCUUUAAUUUGUUGAUUAUAUUCAUAUAAAAUCAGCAUUCAUUGACACAUAGCUCUAAUGACAUAUGUAUGAAAAACCAUACACUGGAUGACCUAGUCGAUUAUUUAAGCCUAAAAUAAAUUGUGUUAAACUCUUCACCCACCUCUGCU